UGAUACAGCAAACACGGACUCGGUAAGACGUCUCGGGAUGGACUUAGCGAGCACUUUGUAGCACUGCAAAGACGGAUAUAAUUCAGACACCAUUGCAUAUUGACAACAGAGGAAGUUUAUUCAUCGCCGGACUCAUUUCUGUUUCGGGAAAAAGGAGACUCGACGUCCGGGAGAGGAAUGGAUGCAACGACUGCUUUCCUGCGACAUUCACCGGCCAGCUAGGAAGCUUCCAGAUUCACUUUGAAGACCACCUGAGUGCACCUAAACUUGUCAGGGCUAGACUUAUUUAUUUGUGCUUAAUAGUGAACACUGCUUUCCGCAAAAUAAUCGUAAUUAGUAGUGCAAAGGUACACCAAGAGUGUGGCUAAUCGCCUCUGGCGACCCAACACAGCUUUAAGGCUAACGGCUAGCGAAAUUUCGCAUUCUUUGUUUAUUUUAUUUGCUUCAUUGAAUACAGUGGGUUUUAUCUUUCUGAAGUUGUAUUAAUACUUGUGUUAAGAAAAGGGACACUGCUCAUAAGCUAGCGUAUCUGCCUAACUACAGAUCGUAACAUUUAGCUUGAUUUUAAAGGACAUAAAUCAUCUGACUUCUCACUUAUGGCUCGUUAGUAUCGCGGUACUGAGCUGACCCAGCUAGCUAGCAUCUGUGUUAGCUAGUAGGUAGCGCAAACAGCCGUCAGCCACCUCUUGGCCUUCAUUAACACCUCGACUGUAGAGAUGCACCACCAGGACUUUCCUGGAGACCCGCCUGGGACCGGGAGCAGGAAAACGGCUUUCCACUACAGGAGGGGCAGCAGCGGUGCGUCUGCCUCCUCGGUAGCCGGUGGCAGUGGAGUCAACACGGUUGACGACAAUCCAACCCAGGCUGGAUCAUCUUCUCCCGGACUCCAUCACCAGCCUCAGUCCCAAGUGGCUGGUGCUCAGGUGAAGAAGAAGAGUGGCUUCCAAAUAACAAGUGUCACCUCAGCUCAGAUCAAUGUGAGCGGCAACAACAGUUUAGCAGAUGACACUGAGAGCUAUGAUGACAUGGAUGAGUCACACACUGAAGAUCUCUCCUCUUCUGAUAUGCUGGAUGUUUCUGUGUCCAGGGCCACAGAUACAGGUGUGCCUGACAGAAGCUCCUCUGAUGAGACGUUGAACAGUCUCCAUGGGGUCGACACACCCGGACUUGUGUCGCCCAACGAGCCUCUUCACCCUCAUUCCAUACCUCAAGGGGCUCAGCAACACACUUCUAUGGUAAAUGGGACCAUGCAUCAUCAUUAUUAUCCUCAGCAACAAAGCCAGCCCCACCAUCAUCACUCUGAUAGCUUGGGAGGAGGUGAACCCCCAUUGCCAGCUCUUCCCAUUGCUCCCGUGGCUAGUUCCAGUCCAGCUAUGGCUUCCAAAGCUGGGCCUAGCCAGUUCCAGAGGCCCCCAGUGUUGGAUAACACUAAACCUGCAGGCGGGACAACCCAACCGAUAGCCGCUAUUGUUGGUGAGACAGCCACUGAUCCACAUCUACAGGCCAGUGGGAAUAUUUCUAAUGUGACUGCUGUCACUGCUGCUGCAGUUCCUCCUUCUGGAUCUGCAGGUUUUGAAAACACCAGUGUGAGUGGGCAAGUAGUUUCUGUGGGAGGAGUAACAGGCCCAUCUGCUGCUGCCCCCAAUACGCAAACCCAGCACACCCAAACCCAGACAGCUACUGGCUCUCGUUUUAGGGUGGUCAAACUAGACACCAACUCUGAGCCCUUCCGCAAAGGAAGAUGGACAUGUACAGAGUAUUAUGAAAAGGAGGUAUCUCAUCCAGCUGUGUCUGAGGCACCAAAAGGUGCAGAGUUGGCUGUAGAGAGUGAGACAAGUAAUGCUGGGAUUAGUCCAGGUAUACCUGCUGUACAGCCACUGCACACACUGCAACCCUAUCAGACACCAAACCAGGAUUUCACUAGUCCACAAGCCAUGCAGAGCCCGCCACAAGGACUGGCCCAGACCACUCCUCUGACCUAUGUUGCACCCCCAGAGGUCAUUAGUGGAGUUCACAUGUCAAAACCAGUGGCCUCUGUCACUCUCCCAACAGCAACACCACAGGUUACACCACAGGCCGGUGUAGGUCAACCUCAACUCGUAAUACCCCAGCAGCUGCCCUAUGCUGUGGAUCCCCACCAGGCUCAAACCCAGGGAGGUUACCCUGCACCUCAGCUCCAAGCAGGGGUCAUGACCCAAGGAACUGUCCGUCAGCCAGACUUCAUCCAGCCCACUGCUCCCUUCCAGACUCAGGUCCAACCUCCACUGCCACAUGUUACAACAGGAAUCUCCAUAACACAGCCACUGGUCAGCAUUACUCAGCAGCUGCCCCACCAAGGUCAUGUAGCCCCACCUGCCCCAGCAACUUUUGCUGCAGGACAGCCACAGACUCUUCCAUCUCAACUCCAGCCUCACCCACAGUCACAUGUCCAGCCCCCCUCUACUGCCACAGUCCCAGUAGCACCCACCCAUGGGACCCCCUACAUGCCUCUGACUGCACUGCAAGCUGACCUCCAGCCCCUCCUCACCCCAGGCACAACCCUCACCCAGGUCCCUGGAGGAGGAAGCUCCACAAGAACCUCCCAGCUGGAGGACGCCCAGAAGCUUCUGCUCCAGCACCAAGGCCUGCUGGGUCUGCCCAGGCUGGGGGUGGCAGCAGGUGGAGAGGGGGCUGCGGAGGCAAGUGGCGCUGCUGGAACACUGGCCCAUAUGGGGAUGUCAGCUGAGGCCAGUGCUUUCAUGGCAGCUGCUGCUGCAGGCCUUAGGACUCAGCAUGCUGAAGGAGAAGAGGACAGUUGGUUUGUGGGACCUGCAGCCGCCCAGAUCCCUGAUAGGCUGGAUGAAUCUAAGAUGUGA